UUGCAGCUCUGAGUCUGUCACGCACACAUACAUACAUACAUACAUACAUACAUACACACACACACACACACAGAGGCGUGUGUGUAAGACCAGCAGCUCCGACACACUCUGCAGCAAUUUCGGAUUUCUUUUUUAAUAUUUUUUUCUAUCAAAUACAUUUUUAUACACAGACAUCGCCAUUAUGUUGUGGACGGCGUCACGUCAAGUGUUACGGAGAUUCUCCACUACGUCCCAUUAUUACCAGAAUAAGCUAAAACUAGCCAUAAUUGGCCAGAGCCUGUUUGGCCAGGAGGUGUACAGCAACCUGAGGAAACAGGGUCACAGAGUGGUGGGUGUGUUCACCGUCCCUGACAAGGAGGGCAAGGCCGACCCCCUAGCGGUGGCAGCUGAGAAAGACGGGACACCGGUAUUCAAGUUCCCACGGUGGCGGGUCAAGGGGAAACCCAUCCCAGAGGUGGUGGAGGCCUACAAGGCGGUGGGUGCCGAGCUCAACGUCAUGCCCUUUUGCUCCCAGUUCAUCCCAAUGAACAUCAUUGACCACCCCAAGCACGGCUCCAUCAUCUACCACCCCUCCAUCCUGCCCCUGCACAGAGGAGCUUCGGCCAUCAACUGGACCCUGAUCCAUGGCGAUAAGAACGCUGGCUUCACGGUUUUCUGGGCAGACGACGGACUGGACACGGGACCGAUCCUUCUGCAAAGGGAGUGUGCUGUUGAGCCCAACGACACCGUGGAUACGCUCUACAACCGCUUCCUUUUCCCAGAGGGCAUCAAGGCCAUGGUGGAGUCAGUACAGCUCAUCGCCGAUGGAAGGGCCCCCCGAAUUCCCCAGACAGAGGAAGGAGCCAGCUACGAGGGCAUCCAGAAGAAGUCCAACGCCAGGGUCAACCUGGCCCAACCAGCUGAGACCAUCCACAACUGGAUCCGUGGCCAUGACAAAGUCCCCGGUGCCUGGACUGUCAUUGGUGGUCAGUCUGUGACCCUGUAUGGCUCGUCCAUGUUAGGGGCGUCAGUACCGGCCGGUCAGCCCCUGGAGAUUGAUGGGGCGUCCCAGCCCAGCCUGGUCACCAAAAAUGGGCUCGUCCUGUAUGGAACUGAUGGGAAAGCUCUCCUGGUGAAGAACCUGCAAUUUGAAGAUGGGAAGAUGAUCCCUGCAUCCAAAUAUUUCUCCUCUGGAGAUAGCACCAGUGUGGAGCUGACUGAUGAUGAAAAGAAGAUGGCAGAGGAGAUCAGGAACAUCUGGAAGGGCAUCCUCAGCAAUGUCCCAGCCAUCGAGGACACCACAGACUUCUUCAAGUCUGGAGCUGCCUCCAUGGAUGUGGUCAGGCUGGUGGAGGAGGUGAAGCAGAAAUGUUCCGGCGUACAGCUGCAGAACGAGGAUGUGUACAUGGCCACCACCUUCCAGGACUUCAUACAGAUGUUUGUCCGUAAGCUGAGAGGGGAGGACCAAGAGGAAGAGCUGGUCAUUGACUACGCAACCAAAGAAGUAAACAACAUGACAGUGAAAAUGCCAAACCAGUGCUUUAUCAACGGUAAUUUCGAGGACGCAGAAAAUGGCAAGACCUACGACACCAUUAAUCCCACCGACGGAUCUGUGAUCUGUAAAGUGUCCUAUGCCUCGGUGGGGGACGUGGACCGGGCGGUGGCAGCUGCCAAAGAAGCUUUUGAUAAUGGUCCAUGGGGCAGGAUGAACCCAAGAGACAGAGGAAGUCUGCUUUACAAGCUUGCAGAUCUGAUGGAGGAACACCAGGAGGAGCUGGCCACCAUUGAGUCUAUUGACUCAGGGGCUGUCUACACACUUGCCCUCAAGACCCACGUAGGCAUGUCCAUCCAGACAUUCCGCUAUUUCGCUGGCUGGUGCGACAAGAUCCAGGGCAAGACAAUCCCCAUCAACCAGGCCAGGCCCAACCGCAAUCUGACCUUCACAAAGAAAGAACCUCUGGGUGUGUGUGCCAUUGUUAUCCCAUGGAACUACCCUCUCAUGAUGUUGGCGUGGAAGAGCGCUGCCUGCCUAGCAGCUGGAAACACACUUGUGCUCAAACCGGCACAGGUCACCCCAUUGACAGCACUGAAGUUUGCUGAGCUGUCAGUGAAAGCUGGCAUUCCAAAAGGAGUUAUCAACAUUUUGCCAGGCUCAGGUGGCAUGGUGGGCCAGCGUCUGUCCGACCACCCGGACAUCCGCAAGCUAGGCUUCACUGGCUCCACGCCUAUCGGCAAACAGAUCAUGAAGAGCUGUGCACUCAGCAACCUAAAGAAGGUUUCUCUGGAGCUGGGGGGGAAGUCGCCUCUUAUCAUCUUCAGUGACUGUGACUUGGACAAGGCUGUUCGCAUGGGCAUGAGCUCUGUGUAUUUCAACAAAGGUGAGAACUGCAUUGCUGCUGGGCGUCUGUUUGUGGAGGAGUCAAUACAUGACGAGUUCAUCUGUCGAGUGGUGGAGGAGAUCAAGAAGAUGAAGAUCGGAGACCCUCUGGAUCGCUCCACAGACCAUGGCCCUCAGAAUCACAAAGCCCACCUGGACAAGCUGCUGGAGUACUGUGACAUUGGAGUAAAGGAGGGGGCCACGCUGGUGUAUGGAGGGAGACAGGUGGAUAGGCCAGGUUAUUUCAUGGAGCCCACUGUGUUCACUGAUGUGGAGGACCAUAUGUUCAUUGCCAAAGAAGAGUCCUUUGGCCCUGUCAUGGUGGUGUCCAAAUUCAAGAAUGGCGACGUGGAUGGCGUGCUACAGAGAGCAAAUGACACAGAGUAUGGCCUGGCCUCCGGUGUGUUCACCCGCGACAUCAACAAGGCCAUGUACGUGAGCGAGCGGCUGGAGGCUGGAACGGUAUUUGUCAACACCUACAACAAGACCGAUGUGGCUUCACCUUUUGGAGGCUUCAAGCAAUCCGGCUUUGGCAAAGACCUUGGAGAGGAUGCUCUCAUGGAAUACCUCAAGACCAAAGCUGUGACUGUGGAGUACUGAGACCCAGAUGCCCCCAACAAACUCUUGCUUACAUCUGAACAGGAAGGGACUCAUCUGUCUGUUUCGCUCAGACAUCCAGCUUCAUUCAGCAUUGCUUCUGGAUAGUAUGUCUUUGUGUGAGUGCGCACCGUACGACUGAUAGGAGAGUAUGGUUGUAUUUAUGCCACAGUUUUGGACUAUGUGCCUGUCUUUUCUUGGCUGUCUGUGUGAAAUUCACAUCACGGACAAGGGACAUUUUUCUGCCUGCCUAUACACACCUGUAAAAUCCUGAGCUGAUUCCGCUUGGACUCCAUUACUGCACUGAUCUGAUCAUCCAUGAUGGGAAAACAGGGUUGAGGUUACAGCUGAAUCCACAUAAGAACUGUUGACUGUUAGUAACAUAAGCUCAAGGUCCACUUACUAGCUUUUUAUCAAAGUGUUCGAAACCAUCAUCACUGGUUCAGAAAAAGUUUGUGAAAAAGCCCGCUAGUCCACCUUGAGUUAACAGUCAAUUUACCACCAGGUUGAAAAGCAAUGUUUCAGUUCCCUCUGUCUGGAUGAAAGUUUCAACCGUGUGCAUCUGCAACCACAACAUAACAGUGAGGUACACUGACACAUCCACUUCAAAAUCACUGUAGCAAAGGUCAAAGGUCAAGAAUGAACUUUCACACUCGUAAAACUGGCAGCAGUGACAAAAGUCUUAAUGAGGACUGAGUUCUCAACAGCCAAACAGAAGCUGGUGGAUUUAGGUAGAUUUCCUACCUUCUAGGUAGGUUUUUCCCGCAGCUUAGCAUUAGCAUAUGAUGGUUCACCGUAUGCUAAUUAUGAACCAGCAACUUUGUUUCUAGAAUUUCGGGUUUCUUGACUGGGAUCUGAAAGAUCAGGAUCAGAAAAUCUAAUUUUUCAUGCCAUUCAAUAAAGGCAUGUACAGGCAAAUUUGUCUGUAAGGUUGUAAAACACUUUACAGUAUUUGUCACUACAUAAAGCUCUGUGUUUCAUUUCCAUCACACCCUCUGGUUGUUUACAUCACAUCAAUGCAGCUGUCUCUUACCACAUCCUUACCUACGACAUUUGCUCUUCUCCAUUUGUCAAAAUUUGAUGUUUUUGUACAUAUUUUUUAACAAAAGAGGGAAAAUAGGGACUACCUGAUAUAUUUUUGACAUUUUAUUUGUCAAACAGAAAAUUAUUAUAUGUUAAAACACUAUAAUAUAUUCGUUAAAGACUAGCUAGAUGUUUUUAUGCACCACUAAUGUGAAGAAGUUGUGGAAUUAGUUUUCUAUUUGUCCCACAUUGUCAGUGAAGGCAGCAAGGGCUACAAAAGCAAGUUUUCUUUUUUUUUCUCACUCUUUGUGAUGAAGGUGAAAGCUGUCCUCUCGUCUGUCCCCUCUGUAUUCAGUCAAUAAUGCCACACAAUGGUGAAUAAAGUUUGAAUUGUACUGUGUAAUGUU